AUGGAAACAACACCGGUGCACAGCCUGAGCAUAAGCGGCGUCCUUUCCGAAUCAAAUAGGAUCGUCAAUGCCAACUACAGCCACUUCAUCGGCUUAUCCCUCUUCUUCCUCCCUCUCGCUUUCUCUAUCAUCAUCACCCCUACCUUCCGACUCGCCGGUCAAUUCUUCACCGUCGAUCACUUGAACAAUUUUCCCCCGAACUUUCACAAACCUCAAGUUUCUCAUCUUCUCUACAUCCUAAUAGUCUACGUCCUCGCUCUAUGUGCCAUAGCAACGAUCACCUACAGCACAUACCAUGGUUUCUCCGCUAAGCCGAUCAGGUUCUUCACCGCCCUCAAGUCCCUAACCUUCUCCUUUGUCCCCCUCGUUUCAACAACAAUUCUAAUUCACGUUCUUCUAUUUUGUAUCUCGCUAAGCUUCCUCCUGUUCGUUGGAUCAAUGGUUAUGUUGGUUCAAAACUUAGGGUUUGUAAUCGACUACAACUCGAUUAACUUCAUGUGGUUUUCCGCCAUCGUGGCUGCGACGUUACUGGUAAUCAUAAUCUAUUUCUAUUUGAAUUGGUCUUUGGCUUUUGUGAUCGCUGUGACAGAAUCGAAAUUGGGGUUGGGGCCAUUGAUGCGGAGCUCGUACUUAGUGAAGGGGGUGAGGUCAGUUUCGUUGUCAUUGUUGUUGUAUUUUGGGAUUUAUGGCGGGUUGUUCAUGUUCGUGUUCACGGAUGUUGCGUUGGCUACUGGGUUGCUUAGAUCGCCACUUGUAUUUCCAGCAAUAUUUGGUUCAAUCUUCCUGAUGGUGUUGUUGCUUGUGAGCACUGCAGCCAAUACUGUGUUGUAUAUGUACUGUAAGGCUUUGCAUGGUGAAUUGGAAAUUGAGAUUGCUGAGAAGCCUGUUUCCUUAAACUUGCAUUCCGAUGAUGAUGAGAAAGUCUCUCACAUAGUCACCGUUGCCGCAGCUUGA